GGGGGGGGGUAUCAAAUUGGUGAAACGGCAAACGAUUUAUAGUAUAUAGAUAUAGUUUUCUUUUUUUAAGAAAAGACUAAAUGUUUUUGUUGUUAUUUUUGUGUUUCAGAGAGCUUCAGUGAAAAUGAAUCCUCUAACAUUUGGAUGUUUGUUAUCGACCUUCACAGGAAGUAGGUUUUAUUCUUUGUUCUGUAAUGAAAACAUGUUGUCUAACUGGAUUAUAGUUUAUGAACUAACUUGUCGAAUUACUUUUUUUCUCAUUUACAGACUAUUAUUGUGACCCAGUGAAGGAUAAUCCUUUUGUGUUAGAGAAGAUCCAGAUCACAGCUGAAGAAGGCUCCUGUGUUGAAAUCAAAUUCGUUCCUCAAGUUGAGAUUCUGAUUCAGAAUCAGAGUGAAGGAACAUUACAAGACAUCAAAGAAGGAGACAACAUCACUCUUAAGUGCAAACUGAAGAAAAGCAACCCAAAACCUGACAGCUUUUCCUGGAAGAAAGGUGGGAAACACCUCAACAAUUGUCAGAUUUAUGAAUUGAUCAGAAUCAAACCAGAGGACAGAGGAAACUACACAUGUGGAGCCAGAAACCUGAUUGGUUCUGGAACUUCACAACCAAUUUAUCUUGAUGUUAAAUGUAAGAAUAAACUAAGAUUUUGUUUCAUGUUGGAAUUUACUUUAACCUUGUUUCUUCACAACUGCUGAAAAAAAAAAUGUUCUUUACAAAACUGUAAUAAAAAAAAAUCAUGAAUAAAAGUAUUAAAAAAGACAAACGCUGCUUUAAUUAGAAUUUUGGAAAAAUAGGAAUUAACAUCACUUUUAUACAGAGAAAUUGGAUUGGUGUCACUGUAACCUUUUAAAACUCUUUGAAUUCAGAUUCCUCCAAAGAUGUGAGAGUAGAAGCACAGCCUGGAUCUGUUGUGGUGGAAAAUCAGUCUUUCUCAUUGAACUGCAGCUUCCAUUCUAACCCAUCCAUCACCUCACUCACCUGGAUGAAGAAGACCAAUGACAGCAGAGAAAUGACUGUGAGUUCUGAGAGGAGAUUCUCUGUGAAAUCUGCCAGUCCCUCUGACAGUGGAUGGUACAGCUGUUCAGCUACAAAUGAUGUUGGAACAGAAAAAUCCCAGCCUGUACAGAUUACAGUUUAUUAUGCUCCAAAACAAACAACAAUCAUCAAAGGUGAAGAACAGGUGCAUGAUGGGAAACGUUUUGUGACUCUGAGCUGCAGCAGUCUCUGUGAUCCUCCUGCAACUUAUGUCUGGUACAAAACAAGAGAAAAUGAAAAAGUUUCUGCUGGAAAGAAGUUAACAGUGUCCUCAGACCAAGCAGGAGAGUAUUAUUGUGUUGCUGAAAAUGAGAUUGGUCAACAAUUAUCUGAACCUGUGAGACUGUUUGAUGUCAACAUGAGCACUGCAACAAUUGUGAGGAUUUUGUUUGUUGUCCUGAUUUUCAUCAUCACAGUUAUUGUAGUUUUCUGUCUGUACAGGAAGAAAACAUUGGCACAGCGGGGAACUGUGAACAAAGACGUCUGCAGAGAUGUUGUGAAGCAAGAAGUCCAGAUGGAUCAUGAGAACAUCUAUGAUGAGCCUACAGCUGAACAUCUGGAUGCAUGUGACUCGGUCUAGGCAAUCCAAGACCUGACAAGUAUUUUUGCAAAGACAAAAUCUGCUGAA